AUCUCUCUUCAUUGCUUUCUCCUCUUUGUCAACAGGUUGAGGCGUUACUUCGAAAUGCUAACAUAAUGAAUCCUGAGGAGGCCAGUGUGAAAAUUGCAAAUAUUCAGCAAAUAAUUAUGGCAAUUAAUGCCCUCAGCAAGGGUUUCAGUGAGAGACUUGUAACUGCUAGCCGUCCUGGAAUUGGUCUUAUGUUUAAGCAGACACUAGAUGUGCUCCUACGAAUUCUUGUUGAAUUUCCAAAGGUAGAGCUUUUGCGAAGUAAGAUCACAUCUUUCAUUCACCGUAUGGUGGAUACUUUAGGAGCGUCUGUAUUUCCUUACCUCCCAAAGGCAUUGGAGCAACUGCUUGCUGAAAGCGAGCCAAAGGAAUUGAUUGGUUUCCUUGUAUUGCUCAAUCAGCUUAUAUGCAAGUUCAACACCUCGGUCCAUGAUAUAUUGGAGGAAGUAUUUCCUGCUAUUGCUGGUAGGAUAUUUAAUAUUAUCCCAAGAGAUGCAUUACCUACUGGACCUGGAACUAAUACUGAGGAAAUUCGUGAACUGCAAGAACUUCAGAGGACAUUGUACACGUUUCUUCAUGUUAUAACUACGCACAAUCUGUCUUCAGUUUUCCUUUCUCCUAAAAGCAGGGGCUACUUGGACCCCAUGAUGCAGUUGCUCUUGAACACCUCUUGUAAUCAUAAGGACAUUCUUGUGAGAAAAGCAUGCGUACAGAUAUUUAUUAGAUUGAUUAAAGAUUGGUGUGACAGGCCCAAUGGCGAGGAUAAGGUGCCUGGUUUCCAGAAUUUUGUAAUUGAGGCGUUCGCAACAAACUGUUGUCUGUACAGUGUGCUUGAUAAAUCAUUUGAAUUUAGUGAUGCAAAUACUCUUAUUUUGUUUGGAGAAAUUGUGUUGGCUCAGAAGGUGAUGUAUGAAAAGUUUGGUGAUGAAUUUCUAGUGUAUUUUUUAUCGAAAGGCUUCACAUCUGCACAUUGCCCUCAAGAUUUGGCACAGCAAUACUGUCGACAGUUGCAGGUAAUAUAAUAACAUUCUUCUUUAUAUACCAGAACUUACAAAUCUACCAAAAUAAAAUGAGCUAAAAAUAAAUUUAAUUCGCUGACAUGUCAAUUUGUUGAAAUGAAGACAUAACAUUCUUUUAAAAUUUACUUCAUUGACAUGCAUAAUUGAAACCAAGACAUAACAUUCUUUUAAAUUUACUUCAUCGACAUGUCAUAACUGAACCAAGAC